AGCGGUUGCUUCUUGGUCGAAGACUACAUUGACCAGAAUGCAGUGCGGUCCAAUCCAGACUUUGAUUGGCUGUUGAAAACGCGUUUCAGGAAGUAGCUGAACUGCAUUUGCCGACUGAAAAUCCUCAUGACAAGCUGUUGUCGAGAUUCCAACUGCUAGUCCCUCCCACACAGUGCUCUCAUGGCUGGAAGAAGAGUUGUUGUAUUCCCCUCUUCAGCAGAGCUUGGCCCAGUGCUGGCCCAGCUGGUGACGUCACGGGCUGAGAAGGCCAUCUCUGCUCAUGGCAGGUUCACCCUGGGCCUGUCAGGAGGAAGCCUCGUGUCCAUGCUCAGCAAGGAGCUCCUCGCCUUGCCAGAGCUGGACUGCAGCAAGUGGGUGGUCGGCUUCUGUGACGAGCGACUGGUUUCCUUCGAUGAUCCAGAGAGCACCUACGGACUGUACAAGAAUCAAUUGUUUUCCAAAGUCAACAUCCCUGAUAGUGGGAUUCUAAGCAUCGACCCGUCUUUGCCAGUGAACGAAUGUGCUGAGGAUUAUUCCCGCAAACUGAAAGAGACCUUCCCAGAUGGCAAUUUCCCUGUGUUUGACCUGUUACUGUUGGGUAUGGGGCCAGAUGGACACACUUGCUCCCUCUUCCCAGACCACCCUCUUCUGGAGGAAACCAAGAAGAUUGUGGCCCCUAUCAGCGACUCUCCCAAACCACCACCACAGCGUGUAACUAUGACUCUCCCAGUGGUGAACUCUGCACGCUGUGUGGCUUUUGUAUCAACAGGAGGAAGCAAAGCAACCGUUUUGAAGGAAGUGUUGGAGGGGAGAGAGGGUUCAGCAUUUCCAGCCGCCCGUGUUGUCCCAACCAGUGGCGAGCUGUUCUGGCUUGUUGACGACCCCGCGGCUGCCUCCUUAACUAUCCAGGUAGAGAGGCCAAGCUCAGGGGCCAAACUGUAGAGCUGGCGGCCUAAUAAAGGCAGAAGGUCGACACUGUUUGAAAACCUUGAAUGAAGACACUGGAAAAUAGUGCAGGACAUUCCUACAUAGGUCAGAUAGUGGGUUAAGAUACAGAGAUGAACCAAAAAAAAGUAAAAACAACUUGCGAUAAAGCACUUAUUGUAACUUUGGUUUGUGAGAGGUCAAGUAAGAUUUAAGUCAACUUCCACACAAAAGAAGCUAAUCAUUAUUUAGUUGUGCAACAAGUAAAGGUAGAGAACAGGAAACAUGCAUUUUAUAUACACUGAGAAGGAACUUUGUACUGAAAUCACGUUGCUUUCAGCAUUUUUGUGUGAGUGUUUCUCUGUCUUAAAAUAUGACUGGAGGGAGGCUUUAUUUUUUAAUUUUGUUUUUAUUAACCCGACCAAGUUACUUUAUUGUAAAACCAGAGUCUUCACAUCCUUUUGUAACAUUUCAAAUAAAGUCAUUUACCUUUGACACUAAAAAA